AAUGCACACCUAUCUACACAAUGAUGUUAACUUUGUGUCAAGACCUACACCUUCCCCUCUGUAACCUUUUUGGAGGGUUUAUUCCUUGGGAUUUCCAGGGUCUCAGUAUCAGUGGAGCGGAUCUUUCCCACCUGGAUCUUUGCUGCAUCAACUUCAAGGUGGCCAAUCUGAGCCGCUGCAACCUGGCCCGUGCCAACCUGUGCUGUGCCAGCCUGGAGAGGGCUGACCUGUCAGGCUCUGUGCUGGAUGGAAGAGCUGCUGCAGCUUGGGAGGGCUGGGCUUGUGUUAACAGAGAGGAGCUGGAACAAACAGAGGGGUGUAAAACAUCGAGUUCUUAAAUAUAUUCUAGAGUUGUUCUGGUUCCCAAAGCUUUUACACUUCCUCCCAGUAAUGAUUUAAUGGGAUUGACUCCCAAAGCAGAAAUUAAAACUGUCUCCUUGAUUGUCUUUGGUGUUGUUCUUCCAGCUCUCAGUGACUCCUGUCUGUGCCAGGGUGCCAACCUGCCAGGGGUGAAGAUGCUGCGCUCCAACGCAGAGGGAGCGUCCCUGAAAGGCUGCAGCUCUGAGGACCCAUCAGGCCUUCAAGCUAAUCUGGAAGGUGCCAACCUGAAAGGAGUGGCCAUGGAGGGCAGUCAGAUGACAGGAAUGAACCUCCGAGUUGCAAUGCUGAGAAACACCAAACUAAAGAACUGUAACCUCAGGGGAGCAACGUUGGCAGGAACUGAUUUGGAAGUUGUGACCUCCAGGAAGCCAAUUUGAGGGGCUCUGAUGUGAAAGGAGCCAUCUUUGAAGAGAUCCUGACCCCCCUGCACUUGUCCCAGAGCAUCAGAUAGGGAAGAGAAGACGUCAAAGAGGAAGGAAUCCAAACAUUUGUUGUGACUUUCUUCACCUCCUCCCCUUCCUGAGUUAGAAGGAAUGCUUAUUAGACAACUUCCAUUUGCAGUAGUGCCUAAGUAGACUCUUUCUGAUCACUU